GCAGAACAAUCGACCAUGACGACCGAAUCGGGAUCAGACUUGGAAUCGAAGCCGGAGCAGGAGGCCGAGCCCCAGGAGGGUCACGCGGGGGCACAGCUGGGGGCGCAGCCAGGAGCCGAGCCGGACACUGAAGAGCAGCCCCGGGCACUGGAGCAGUUGGAGGAGGCGGCAGCGCACAGCACGCCCGUGAGGAAGGAGGUCGCUGACAAGGACCAGGAGUUUGCCGCCGAACCUGCCAAACAGCCCGAAUAUCAGCAAUUUGAAGACGAUAAACUUUCUCAGAAAUCAUCUAGCAGCAAACUCUCUCGAUCUCCAUUAAAGAUUGUCAAAAAGCCUAAAAGCAUGCAGUGCAAAGUGAUACUCCUGGAUGGAUCAGAAUAUACCUGCGAUGUAGAGAAACGCUCCAGAGGCCAAGUGCUGUUUGAUAAAGUAUGUGAACAUCUGAAUUUGCUAGAAAAAGACUAUUUUGGGCUUACAUAUCGAGAUGCCGAAAACCAGAAGAAUUGGUUGGACCCUGCUAAGGAAAUUAAAAAACAGAUUCGAAGUGGUGCUUGGCACUUUUCAUUUAAUGUGAAAUUUUACCCACCAGACCCUUCCCAGCUCUCUGAAGAUAUCACCAGGUACUACCUCUGCUUACAGCUGCGCGAUGACAUCGUGUCUGGCAGGCUGCCCUGCUCCUCUGUCACCCUUGCCACGUUGGGCUCAUACACCGUCCAGUCAGAACUGGGAGACUACGACCCAGAUGAGUGUGGCAGUGACUACAUCAGCGAGUUCCGCUUCGCGCCAAACCACACAAAAGAACUAGAAGACAAAGUCAUCGAGCUGCACAAGAGCCACAGAGGCAUGACGCCCGCAGAAGCAGAGAUGUAUUUCUUGGAAAAUGCCAAAAAGCUCUCCAUGUAUGGGGUGGAUUUACAUCAUGCCAAGGAUUCUGAAGGAGUUGAAAUCAUGUUAGGAGUGUGUGCAAGUGGUUUGUUGAUAUAUCGUGACCGACUACGCAUCAACAGGUUUGCCUGGCCAAAGGUUCUAAAGAUUUCAUACAAACGGAGCAACUUUUACAUUAAGAUCCGGCCGGGAGAGUUUGAACAAUUUGAAAGCACCAUCGGGUUUAAGCUGCCCAACCAUAGAGCGGCCAAGCGUUUAUGGAAAGUGUGUGUGGAACACCAUACAUUUUUCAGACUGUUGUUACCAGAAGCACCUCCAAAGAAGUUCCUUACCUUGGGUUCCAAGUUUCGUUACAGUGGCAGAACACAAGCCCAAACCAGAAGAGCUAGUGCAUUGAUAGACCGCCCAGCCCCUUACUUCGAACGUUCGUCCAGCAAACGUUAUACCAUGUCUCGCAGCUUGGAUGGAGAGGUUGGUACUGGCCAGUACAUAACAACAAAGGGCAUCUCUCAGACCAACUUGAUUACCACUGUGACUCCGGAGAAAAAGGCAGAGGAGGAGCAGGGCGAGGAAGACGACAGACGGCAAAAGGCCGAGGAAUCCACACCCGUCGCUGCCAUACGGCCUGAGGGAAAGUCACCCGGGCUUGGCACUGACUCAUGUCCCCCCUCCCCGCCAUCAGCCCGCUCUCCCCCUGCAUCUCCCACAGGGCUCCGCAGGAGGUGUAAGGAGAACGGGCCCCCCCCGCCGGGGGUCGAGCCGGCCAGAGACCCCGGGCACCUGCACGGGGAGCCCGCCUCGGACUCUGAAGGCCGAGGGAAGCCGUGCCUGGGGGACCACGAUGUGGCUUUCAGCUGCAAACAGCAGCCGGGCAGAGGGGCCACGCUGUUUUCCUUCUCCUUGCAACUCCCCGAGUCUUUCCCCUCUCUCCUGGAUGACGAUGGCUACCUGUCUUUCCCCAACCUUUCCGAGAGCCACCUCCUGCCCCAGAGCUUGCGGCAUUGCCUCCCCAUCCGCUCGCCCUCUCUGGUGCCCUGCGUCCUCUUCCUCUCCUUCCUGCUCUCCGCCUCCUUCUCAGUGCCAUGCGCCCUCACUCUCUCCUUCCCUCUGGCUCUGUGCCUCUGCUGCCUGGAGCCCAAGGCGGCCUCCUUGAGUGCCUCACUAGACAAUGACCCGAGUGACAGUUCAGAGGAAGAGACCGACAGUGAGCGCACGGACACCGCGGCUGAUGGGGAAACCACCGCCACUGAGUCGGACCAGGAGGAAGAUGCAGAGCUCAAGGCACAGGAGCUAGAUAAAACCCAAGAUGACCUGAUGAAACAUCAGACCAAUAUUAGUGAGCUGAAAAGAACCUUUUUAGAAACCUCCACAGACACUGCCAUCACGAACGAAUGGGAAAAGAGGCUUUCCACCUCCCCCGUGCGACUAGCCGCCCGGCAGGAGGAGGCACCCAUGAUCGAGCCGCUGGUACCUGAAGAGACUAAACAGUCUUCUGGAGAAAAGCUCAUGGAUGGCUCUGAAAUCUUCAGCUUAUUAGAGUCUGCGAGAAAACCGACAGAAUUCAUAGGAGGGGUUGCUUCCACUUCUCAAAGCUGGGUGCAGAAAAUGGAAGCCAAGAUGGAGUCUGGCAAAAUAGAGACGGAAACAACCCAGCAUCCCCAGCCACUUAGCACCCAGAAGGUUGUGCAGGAAACGGCAUUGGUGGAGGAAAGACAUGUGAUGAAUGUGCAUACGAGUGGGGAUUCUUCUUACGCAGCUAGAGAUGACAUGGAUGCUGUGACCCAGGCAGCAUCUGCUGAUGUAUCUGAUGUGAAAGGGAAGGAGGUCUCUGCUCUGACUGAGGGAGCGAAGGAGGAAAAAGGGGAGGUGGCCGACAAAGCUGUCCUCGAGCAGGGAGAGGUGGCAGCUGCUUCCCAAGAGCCAGAGGAGGAGCAGAGUGCAGCCAUCCACGUUUCUGAAGCUUCGGAACAAAAACCUCAUUUUGAGUCAUCAACUGUGAAGACAGAAACCAUCAGCUUUGGCAGUGUUUCACCAGGAGGAGUAAAGCUAGAAAUUUCCACCAAGGAAGUGCCUGUAGUUCACACAGAAACAAAAACCAUAACAUAUGAAUCAUCACAGGUUGAUCUUGGUGCUGAUUUGGAGCCAGGUGUGCUCAUGAGCGCACAGACGAUCACAUCUGAAACCACUAGCACCACGACCACCACCCACAUCACCAAAACUGUGAAAGGAGGCAUUUCAGAGACGAGAAUCGAGAAGCGAAUCGUCAUCACGGGAGACGCAGACAUUGACCAUGACCAGGCACUGGCUCAGGCAAUUAAAGAGGCCAAAGAGCAGCACCCUGACAUGUCAGUGACCAAAGUAGUGGUCCAUAAAGAGACAGAGAUCACCCCUGAAGAUGGAGAGGAUUGAGCCCAGGAAUAACCUAGGCUGCACCUGAAGCCAGUCAUGCAAACCAUUAGAAAAACCAGAGUCUAUAUGGAGUUUCCUCUUCUAACCCACUGAUUUGUAUCUGCCCAUGGACAAUUUCAAUCCAGAAGAACUGACCUUGACCAUUUAAUAAAGACACUGGCAGAGAUCUUCCCAUAAUAAAGCAAUCUGAGUCAGCAUCACUAAACUGAUAUUGCAUGAAGCAACGAUACAAUUACAAAACAAGCAGCAUUUUUACGUUUCACACAGUGUCUAAGUUCUCAGCUACACCUGCACGUUCAUAACCAACAAUAGAAACCGUGAUCUCAUGUAACACAUAAAACAAUCCAUGCCUUUCAUAGCUGAUGAUUAUUAAAGUCUAAACAAAAUUGCAGUUUCUUAGGUGACAGAUCUUUUGUUUACAGAUCAACAAAGAUUACCCUAAACUGCUGGAAGCUGUCUAGUCCAGUGUGUCAGGUUUUUCCCAGAUUAGAUGUGCCAGUAACCGAGUUUAUUCAGUAAAUAACUUGAAUCUUGUACUUGUUUCCUCUGGUUUAUUACUCUCACCUGUCAGCAGUAACGACUCUCCGAUCCUCUGGAAAUAUUUAACGCUCACAAUCCUGCUUUGUGUAAUCUAAUUUGACCGUUAUAAAGUAGUACUGACUUUAGCGUAUUAAUGUGAUUUCUUCCCCGUCGUCCGCUUUGGUCUGUGUUCAGUCUGGAAAGCUUCCCAGAGUUCCCUAACAAGUCUUAAAUAUGUAAAUUGUCAUUAGUUUGGAAAGAAAACCUGUAUUUUUGUUAGUUCACCGUAUGAUGAAAUUUCACUCCGGGAAAACCCGUUGGGCUUCUGUUGCUUUGUUUUCUUCCUUCAUUUCUUCGUCCUUGUAUUUUUUUUAAUGGAUUUUUCUUCUUUCACUUGAAAAAAAGUGUUUUAUUUCCAAAUCUGGUCCAUAUUUGCAGUCUAGUUCAGAGCCAAGCCUUAAACUGUACAGAAUUUCCACUGUAAUAAAACUAUUGAGUGUUUAGUUAUAAAUAGCCUUCAAAAAGUUAUAUUCUCCAUUUCACUGUCAACCGCAUCGCACAGCCAUGGUGAAUGUAUGUUUCCGCAUAGCAAAAUAAAAAUGGUAAAUGCAUUUAAACCUCU